AUGGAAGUUGAUACGGGGGCCGUCUACUCGGUGAUUGGCGAAGCGGAGUUCACGAGGCUGUUUCCAGGGAUGGUACUAGAAAAAUCCGAUCUCAAGCUGAGAGGCUACUUCGGCCAUCAAUCCGCGGUCGUGGGGAAAGCGACAGUGCUGGCCAAAUUCGGAGAAAAACACGCUCGACUACCAUUGUUCGUCGUCAAGAGCGGUACGCGAGCCCUGCUAGGAAGGAACUGGGCGAAAGCUUUUGGUAUGCCGCCCGACAGUCUGCUGAACGUGCACUCGGUCGAUGACGUGAAGGACCUGAUAAGCCGAUUACUUGAUGUGUUUUCAGAAGGUCUCGGUAACUUUGCAGGAGUGAAGGCCAAGAUAAGAGUGCCAGAGGACGUGAAACCACGUUUCUUCAGGCCGAGACCAGUACCAUUUGCUCUGCAGGACAUGGUGGCGCAGGAACUACAGCGGUUGCAGCGAGAAGGUAUCCUCAGGCCAGUGCGGACCGCGGAAUGGGCAGCGCCAUUGGUUCCAGUUUUGAAGAAGGACGGAAAAAUUCGAUUGUGCGGGGACUUCAAGGUCACGGUAAACCGGGCAGCAGAUAUCGAGACGUACCCGGUGCCACGGGUCGAAGAAAUCUGGGCACAACUGGCGGGAGGCGUGAUGUUCUCCAAGUUGGAUCUGCGGGAUGCAUACCAGCAAGUCGAGUUGGAUGAGGAGUCGAAGAAAUUGGUGACUAUCAACACACCGCAGGGACUUUUUCAGUACAACCGACUGCCAUUCGGAGUGGCAUCGGCACCGGCAAUUUUCCAGCGGGAAAUGGAGUGUCUGCUUCGCGGUUGUCGCCGGACUGUCGUGUAUUUCGACGACAUACUUGUGUCUGGGGUCUCCGAAGAGGACCACCGUAACAACUUGGAAGAAGUGCUGAGGCGACUGAGUGGAGCAGGGUUAAGGUUGAAGCUUCAAAAAUGUGUGUUCGAGAUAACAAGCGUGGAGUACCUGGGAUAUGUCAUCGAUAAGCACGGCCUGCACCCAGCACCUGAGAAGAUCGAGGCCAUCGUACGAGCACCGGCCCCAUCUGACAGACGGGAAUUGCAGAGCUACCUCGGUCUCCACAAUUUUUACCGAAGAUUUCUGCCGAACUUAUCAACGGUGCUGCACCCAUUGCACGUGUUGCUCAAAAAAGACACGUCAUGGCACUAG